AUGCCGGGUGACAACAGCUUCCCUGAAAUGUACGGUCUUCCAAAAGACCACAAGUCCAAUAUUCCUCUCAGACCAGUCGUUGCGGCCUGCGGCAGCCCAGUUACAAACAUCUCCAUAGUCCUCGAACGCAUCCUCAAUCAAUGUCUCCAGUUCGUGCCAGCACACCUGGAGAACACUGUUGAAGCACUCCAGUGUAUGAGGAGCGCGUUUCCCAACCUCAAGGCCCCGCCCGGCACCAUCAUUGUGACUAUGGAUGUGGUGGCCCUUUACCCUAGCAUCCCGAUUAACGAUGGCAUUGCAGCAGUCAUGAGAGUCCUCCGACAACACGAGGGCAGCAUCGAUCUGUUCGGUUUUCGAAUUGGGCAGGUCAAGGAGCUCCUCGCACAUGUGCUGAGCUCCAACUACUUCCGGUUUGGAGCGCAGGUGUACCACCAGAAGGAUGGUGUGGCUAUGGGCAAUAACCUAGCGCCCCCCUUUGCCAUCCUGUACAUGCAUGACCUAGAGAGUUCGCUCUUGCGUAGUGCACCUGCCAGCCCAGUUCUGUACAAGCGCUACAUCGAUGAUGUUUUCAUUGUGUGGAACCUCGGUCCGGAACUUCUGCAGAGUUUCCUAGAUCACUUCAAUAAUGCCGAUCCUAAUAUUAAAUUCACUCACCAAUCCACGGAGUUGACUGGCUCAAUCAAUUUCAUGGACACGACCGUCCAUGUCUCACCAGAUGGAUCUAUAUCCUAUGAACUAUACCGCAAGCCAUGUCACAGCGGACUGGUAUCAGACUACAACUCGUCAGUUCCCAACCAGCAAAAGAAAGCAAUUGCUUCCUCUGAGUUCCUGCGUGCCGUCCGCCUAUCCUCCGAUGCCGACACCCUAAAAAGAAGUGAAGAAAAAGUAACCAACAUCCUAAAAUUCAACAACUUCCCAGA